AUUACAUAUUUCCGGUGGUUAGCUGAAACUCGUCUGUAGUAAACCACCUACUGAAGUCACCUGGCUGAAGAGAGCACUACCUGACAUUGAUAAAGAACCAUUAAUUGGUGAGUUGCUGUAAUAAAAUAUUUUCUCAAUCUACCGGUGAAGGCACUGACUAACUUAUUUUUUUUAAAUGUUAACCCUGUUGCCAUUUGCCAUCCUGAUAAACGGAUUUUCAGGUUGGUUGCGAUUACUUUUUUAAUUGGUGAAUUACUUUAUUUAGCAUAAUAAGACCUAUUGUUGUUUACUUGGCUAUCUAGACAACACCAUCAAUGUAAGAUCAAAGGGGACUGGACAUUGAUAACUCUAAUCAACGUAGGUGGGUAACUAGAUCGUUGAAAAAUCUUGCCUGGCUACUGGUAACCCAAACUCCUUGCUCCAGCCAAACGCUACGCCACGCCCACGGACUUUAGUUUCUUCUCCGCAAUGAUGUAUGAUGUAUGUUGACUCAACCCGCAGUCCCCGCGCUUAUAUCCACCCCGCGGAUAAAUUAAUAUUGUGUGGAUGAAGGGCGGGUGGGUGGGUGGCGGCCAUGUUGAAUAAAGACAAAACAUUAAAAACCAUAAAUGUAUAAUUUUUGUGCAAUUUAGAUCUAUAGGCUACAUUUAGCCUAAACCAAAGAAAAACCUAUCUGGCAUUAGUGCGUAAGGGCAAAUGUAUGUUUUGAUUCGAAAAUGAGGUUGAAAACUCCGAAUGGAGGGUGUGCCUCCAGAGGCACGCAGAGGCCACAUUGAGCUCUGUCUGUGCAGGAUCGCUGUGCGCCUCUCAAUGUUGUAACAACAUGGAGGGCUCUGUAUAGCACUGCAUUGAUAUGAUUGGUUGACGGUAAGUGGGAGCGGGGACUGUAGGUCUAGAACCCCUCACAUAGCCUUAAUAUUAACUUGCAGUAAAAUGGUACAGCAAAUGUUAGCUACAUUUUGACUUGGGAAUAAGAGUGGAGAAAUGUGAUUUCUUUCAGCAUCUUGAGAUAAUGCGAAUGCGCAGUUAAAUACAGUCUGUAUAGACCUACAGUCAGUGCCAUUUUACUGCAAGAAAUGCUUAAUUCUGCAGGAGUUAAUAUUAAGGCUAUGUGAGAGGUUCUAGACCUACAGUCAGUCCAGAGUUCAGUUUCCAUUUAAGCCGUCUGAACAGUAGGCUACAGUUCCCUUGACGUGCCAUAGUCCUAUUUGAAGUCCCCAUCUUGUGACUGUCGAAUUUGUAUAGCGCCUCACAAUAUUACAUAUAACAUAGCCGGCACUGCUAUCAACCUCUUUCAACCACAUAAAAUAUCCAGCCAAGCCAAACUGAAAUCUUCUCACAGCGUUCUAUUUCGUUACAAUUGGUCAAACUGAUGUAAUUUGGACAUUUUGCCCCAGAAAAUCGUUACAAGUUUUUUGGGGAUAUUUCAUUUUCUCCCGAUCCAUAAAUGUAUUUUCUCUGUGAAAGAAGCAGAUGACAGAACUUUACCGAUGUCAACUGAUUGAAGCAUUCAUCGAUUAAUGACACUCCGGUGAGCAAGGGUUUCGUUUUCUAGGGCAACAUAUAGGCUAUUCAUCUAAUGACCGAAGAUAAGAUGCAUGUAUCUAAUAAAUAGUCAAGUGGACUAACAAAUAGCCUACCAAAAUGUUGGAAAGUAUAAGCAGAAACAUAUCUAAAUCAGGCAACAACAAAAAAAACUGCACCCUCUGGCAAAAAAAUCGUUCUGCCGGCUUUGACUGUAGCCGACAGCGCAUUUUCUAUAAGCCAGUUUGGGUCGGUUGUGGGCCUCAAAUGUUCACUUUCACAUACACUGUCUGUACAAAACAUUAGGAAGACCUGCCUUUUCCGUAACACUGACCAGGUGAAAGCUAUGAUCUCUUAUUGAUGUCACCAGUUAAAUCCACUUUAAAUCAGUGUAGAUGAGGGGGAAGAGGCAGGUUAAAGAAGGAUUUGUAAUCCUUGAGACAUGGAUUGUGUAUGUGUUUUAAAUGCCUUUGAACGGGGUAUGGUAGUAGGUGCCAGGCACACCGGUUUGAGUGUGUCAAGAACUGCAACGGUGCUGGGUUUUUCAUGUUUAACAGUUUCCCGUGUGUAUCAAGAAUGGUCCACCACCCAAAGGACAUCCAGCCAACUUGACACUGUGGGAAGCAUUGGAGUCAACAUUUACAUUUAAGUCAUUUAGCAGACGCUCUUAUCCAGAGCGACUUAUAGUUAGUGAGUGCAUACAUUACUUUUUUAUACUGGCCCCCCGUGAGAAUCGAACCCACAACCCUGGCGUUGCAAAAGCCAUGCUCUACCAACUGAGCUACAUCCCUGCAGGCCAUUCCCUCCCCUACCCUGGACGACGCUGGGCCAAUUGUGCGCCGCCCCAUGGGUCUCCCGGUCGUGGCCGGCUACGACAGAGCCUGGAUUCGAACCAGGAUCACUGCGCCACUCGGGAUACAUGGGCCAGCAUCCCUGUGGAACGCUUGAGACCUUGUAGUCCAUGCCCAACGAAUUGAGGCUGUUCUGAGGGGGAAAAGGGGGUGCAAGUCAAUAUUAGGAAAGUGUUCUUAAUGUUUUGUACACUCUGUGUGUAGUCGGGCGGUUGUGGAUGGGUUAUUAGCAAUUGCGGGCGGGUGCGGGUGAACAAACAGCUGAACCGUGCACCACUAUGAUGUACAUACUCGUUCGCAAGUAUGUAGCGAACGAUAGAGCAGAGGAAGAAUUCAGUUUGAGUGGUCAGGCAAUGAUUUAAUCAGGCUGUAAUACACAAUUAAUUGUUAGAGUAAGUUUAAAUGUAAUUUUAUUAAACAUUCUGGCUUGUAAGGAACAUUUACACAAUUGUGCAGGCAUUAGUUUCAAGCUGUAUAUACCAAUUAAUUGUGUAUUACACAGCCUGAUUAAUCAGACUACUAGCUAGACUACAUUAAUUAUAUGUUCUUUAGCCUACUUUUUCUUUCGCAUCAGCCCAAGAUGGCACUCGCGAUAAUUGCAUUCCAUUGUAUAGGCUACUGUAUAUGACUGCUCUGUUACAAUGAAGUUUUAGACGCAGUGCCCACUGACACUAACUUCUUAACUUUUCUUCCAAAGUUCUGCCUGCCUGCCUGUCUCUCCCACCUGUUACAAUGGCAUCAGUGUCUGUGGCCAACACCAACUUCUCUCUGGAGCUGUUCAAGAAGAUCACAGAGAGCAACAAAACAGGCAAUAUCUUCUACUCCCCUCUCAGCAUCUCUUCUGCCCUGGCCAUGGUGUCCCUGGGAGCCAGAGGUAACACUGCUACCCAGAUGUCAGAGGUGAGUGAGUGUGACCCAUUUUCGGGGAUCCCGUCCAUCCAAAAACGCAUACAUUCAAACAUAAUAAUCUUACUCUCACCCAUGUGACUUCUUAUCCAACUAUACUUAUGUUGAUUAUCCUGUUUAGUGUGCACAUAUAGUAUACAGACAGCACCAUGGUACUGGAAUGAAUACAAAUAUAUUUGAUAAAAUAGUUUGUUAUAGGCGGGUCACUAUCGACAAAGAUUGGAUAAUGUAGCCUUUACUUUUUGUCAUUAUCCUGUCUGUAAUGUAAACUUGCAUCAAGACUAGAUUAGAUUAGAUUUUUUAUUUAGUCACAUGCACAGGAACAUUUAUUUAACAGUGCACCUAAAUUGACUAUAGCUUCUCCCUUACACUGGAAAGGUUUUUCACAGGGAUUUUCUGAGAUGAAUAGGAAAGGGUGUGGCUGACAAAUGGGUAAACUAUCCAUGAUGAUUCACAGAAGGCUUCCUUUUAGUCAGCAGAUGAGGCUUUAUUUGAGUACACACUGGCUGUUACUGUGGCAACAUGGAGAGCAAUAAAGUAAUCCCUCUUAUCAGUCUCUCUGUUCCGCGUGUCUGUGUACAGCUAGUAGUCAUGGAGGUGCCAGAUAAACACUUACGUUUUCAUGGGAUCAGGGGGCGAGGCACUGACAGUUAAAAAAAUAUAUUAAUUUGUACAACCUCCAUUUAGCUGUCAGCCAGCAGAUGUAUUAUAAUAACCAUGGAAUGUAUUUUCCAAUGUGACUAAAGCCCUUCUUUACAUGUAGGUAGUGAUGAAAUAGCAGCAGUGUAGAGUUGAGGUCAUAAAAAGGGUGAGUCUAGAGUACACAAGGGUGGGACAAGAAUGGAUACCUUCCUAUUGAGCAAUCUUCACAGAACAAAUAUUGUAGGGGUGGUCUCAAUUUCUUUACCUGUCAAGGACUCAACGGCCAUAAUUUACUGCCCUACAUUACUUUUUGAAGGAUUAUUUCUGGAACCUACAAAGUUCGCCAGCCACACGCACACACAGUGUCGUAUUCCACCCACUCCCCACAUCUAUGCUGUUCAAAAACGAUAACCAAUUAUCAUACUGACCUCCACUAGGUCCUCUGCUUUGUCAACGCAGACAAAUCUAAAAAGGCUGACCCAGGACUACUCCAGCAAGUACAAAAGCCCCAGCUUCCGCUGGCUCUGAUAAAGGUGCUAAUAUAAGUAUAUAGUAAGGAAUGGGUAACCCAGGGGGUUCAAAGAGAGCUUGCUUCCACUUAACAUUGGGCUGUUGGUGAGGUAGCCAACUGGUGGGAACAAGGUACUACUAUCAGUGUGGGUGCAGGGCUCUUCAACCCUGUUCCUGGAGCGCUACCCUCUGGUAGGUUUUCGCUCCAUUCCAAGAUGUAUCUAACUUUAUUAAUCUUAUCUUUAGUUGAAGCGAAAACCUACAGGACGUAGCUCUCCCGGAAAAGGGUUGGAUAGUCUUGGUGUGGGGUCUGUGUUUUCUGUCUUCUAUGUGGUUUGUUUACAGUACGUAUGUGAGGGGAUAUAAGCCCCAUACAAAUUAAUACACAAAUCAUCUUAUAGCCUAUGUGCAAAAUGUCGUAGGUACAUUUGGGACUUGAGGGAACACAAGCAUAUUCUUUCUUUUAUAAGGUUUCUUCUCCGUUUCAACUUGCCAUUAUCUAUAUUUUUCAUAACCCUUGAUAAGCUGCCAUCUGAAAACGGAAAUAUAAAACAUGAAAGUCUUGUCACACUCACACAUACCAAGGAUUCCUUAUCCACUUUGAGAGCAACAUGAACGUAAUCUGUGCUGGGCAUGUUCAACCACCAAAUGUCAAAACGACAGAAGUUAUGAUGUUUGGAUGCAUUUUAAUGUUUACACUUUUUUUUCCUGAAAACAUUUCUUUAUAUGGUGAUAUGGUGGAUGAAUACAGUAAACAAUGGAGGGUUUGUCUGCUAGCCGAAACACGACUAUUGAGAAAACAUAAGAGUCGUGUUUCGGCUAGGGGUUUGCAUGUCAUGGAUGCUACAGGAAGAUGCUACCACAAUGUCACUUUUGUAAAUAUUAUUUUUAUAUUCCUGUCUGCAGUCCCUGCACCUCCACAAAGCUACGGAUAACGUCCAUGUCGGCUUCAGCAAACUCAUGAGUGAACUGAACAAGAAGGGAGCCCCGUACGCACUGAGCCUGGCCAAUCGCCUAUACGGAGAGCAGUCUUACCAGUUUGUUGAGGUAAAGCCCUAUUGUUUACACAGUGAGUGGAGUAAGUGGGUGUCUAAGAUUAGAUAUUUGUGCUCAAUCUGAAUUGACCCUAAUGAAUCACAGUGUGUUAGGUUAGAGGUCAUUAUGCAUUUCAUUACUCGUUGGAACAUAUGACGAAGAGAGUUGUCAGCAAAAAGAUAGAAUGGAUAGAAUAUCCAGGAAAAUGCAAUCAUUAGACUGUACAUACAAUUAUACUGUACAUCAUUGUAGACUAGACACUAUUUUAGGUACUUAGGGAUUGAUAAAGCUAGGAUAUUGACUGUGUUUAUCUUUGUGUCUCUGGUAAAUGUGACAGACUUUCCUCGGCGACACCAAGAAGCACUACAAUGCCGAGCUGGAGGCUGUGGACUUCAAGUCCAAUGCGGAGACUGCCAGACAGAACAUUAACGCCUGGGUGGAGAACCAGACCGCAGGUGAUUAGAUGCCGCAAGCUGUCUCCAUGUGCACAAUAAUAUUAACUCUAUUUAUAAACAGCCUAUGUAUUGAUUAUAUUAUUCACUGACAUUUUGAAUGCUAAAUAUUCUCAAAUUCGGUGUAAAAAUCAAAGGGACUGGAUUGAGAAUUAAUUAAUUACAUACAUUUUGUUCAUAUGGAUUUUAAAUCCAUUAGGUGUCCAUGAUGUAUCUGUUUGAUUUGUUAUGUAACUACACCUUGUUACAAUGUUACCAUCACUUCUGUAAGUUAUAUGGCCUCUGUAUUUUGUAGAGAAAAUCAAGAACCUAUUGGCGGAAGGGAUUGUCGACCACCUGACCAGACUAGUGUUGGUGAAUGCCAUCUACUUCAAGGGCAACUGGGAGAAGAAGUUCAAAGAGACCAGCACCAGCGAUGCCCUGUUCAAACUGAACAAGGUAGUGUUUCCCCAACCAGCUUGAUAUACAGAACGAAGUCCCGACACAAUCUGAGGAGUGCCUUUUCAUUUAUUUUUCUGAUGUGUCUGUUUGCGCAAUGAAUGUGGUGAUCACUCAUUAUCUGUCUUUAGAGUAGUACUUCUAAAGAAAAGAGCUGGCUUCCACUGAACUGUUACUGUAGUCGGUUCCAGUCAUCCCUUCUGAGUCUAUUGUGAGAGUAACGUUCUAGCUUGCUUCACUUUCAUGAGUAACCUUUGCUAAAAUGGUGAAAAUACUUUGUAGUCACAAAUUACACACAAGAAGGCAACUGUUAACAAAAUAGUGUGUGACUCCCUACCUUUCCGUUCAUUGAGUGCAGAAUGAGAGUAAGCCAGUGAAAAUGAUGCAUCAGAAGGCCAAGUUCCCCCUGACCUUCAUCCCAGAGGCCAACUGCCAGAUUCUGGAGCUGCCCUACGUAGGGAACGAACUGAGCAUGCUCAUCAUGCUACCUAAUGAGAUGGAGGAUGACACCACUGGUCUGAAGAAGGUAGGACUCACAUUUACAUUCAACAAGAUGGUUUUGUGGCCAACACAAUACACAUGUAACUGCACAGCAUUCAAUUGAAAUAUCUGCAUUUGCAUAAUGAUGUGGAGAAUUAAGUUAACUUGAAUUACAAAGCUAGUUAUACGGUUAGCUCACACCAAAAAAAGUCAUUGUCAUACUUUAGACGUGUCAAUGUCUUGACUUUGUCUCCUCCCCCCCACAACGCAGCUGGAGAAGGAGCUGACAUACAAUAACCUUGUGGAGUGGACCAGGCCUGACAUGAUGGACACAGUGGAGGUUCAGGUGGGCCUGCCCAAGUUCAAGCUGGAGGAGAGCCUGGACCUGAAGGACUUGCUGGUCAGCAUGGGCAUGACGGACGCCUUCGACGACUCCAAAAGUGACUUCUCGGGCAUGUCGCCCAGCAACGACCUGGUGCUGUCCGAGGUGAUUCACAAGGCCUUUGUGGAGGUCAACGAGGAGGGAACAGAGGCAGCGGGCGCCACAGCCGCCAUCAUGAUGAUGCGCUGUGCCAUGAGGACACCAAAAUUUGUUGCCGACCACCCCUUCCUCUUCUUCAUCCGACACAACCCCACCCAGAGCAUUCUGUUCUACGGUCGCUACUGCUCCCCUAUAUAGGAAAUGGGACAUUCCACGUGGAGGGAGGAAGGGGUAUUAAUAGUAUAUACUGCAGCAGCUACAUCAAUAUCCCAUCUGUGUGCUUGAUUAUAUGCUUUGAUGUCAACGCCUUACCAAAGAAUUGAAGAGUUGAGUGUAUUGGACCUCUGUAGCUCAGUUGGUAGAGC